UCGACUUAACCGAUGGUUUUUCCACCGGCACCGGCCUGACUGCCGGCCAACCCAUCACAAUCCCGCGGUCGCGUCUCGCGUGUCGACCCUAUCUGUUCGUCUGUUGUCCGGGCGAUCCUUGUACAGUUGAGUGUGAAGUCAUCCAGUCUCGAGACAAUACACCUAACACAACAGAGUUCAAGGUGGAAAAUGACUCAUCUUCAGUACGGGUAUCAGGACAGCCAUGUCUUAGACUUGGUAAUUGCAGAAAGGAGAAAGAGCUGCGAAUUUAUAACGGACGGACUGCCAGAGAACGGCCACGUCGACGGUUGGUGUCCCCGAGAAUUCGAUGGGUGGACAUGUGUGAACAGGACUAAAGCCGGCGAAGUAGCUUCUUUUCCGUGUCCUUAUUUCAUCCUUGGAUUCGAUGCAACACGUUUUGGUCAGAAAUUGUGCUUGAAAGACGGCACUUGGUUCAGACAUCCGGAAACCAAUAAGACGUGGUCGAAUUACACGACUUGUGUGGAUUUAGACGACCUAAAGCUGAGAAACCACGUCAACAUGAUCUACAAAUGGGGAUAUACCGUAUCGCUGGCUGCAUUGCUCGCUUCCAUAUUCAUUUUUUUCUAUUUCAGAAGUCUCACUUGUACCAGGAUACAAAUACACAAGAACCUGUUCAUAUCGCUGGCCGUGAACAACUUCCUGUGGUUAGUAUGGUACGAAGCUGUGGUGGAUAAUUUACCUGUGUUGAUGACGAACGGGUUGGGCUGCAAGGUGCUGCACGUGUUGGUCCAUUAUUUCUUGGUGGCCACGUACUUCUGGAUGUUCUGCGAGGGACUAUACUUGCAUACUUUGCUGGUGGUCACGUUCAUCACAGAGACAAAGGUGAUGCCGUUCCUGCACACAAUCGGUUGGGGUGUACCCGCCUUGCUGGUUUCCACUUAUGUAACUGUCCGUACGAAUACUCCCGGUGAAACUUUACAUUGUUGGAUACACGAAUCGUUGUACUUGUGGAUACUCUCGGGCCCGGUGUGCGUGUCAGUGCUGACCAAUUUCGUCUUCCUCAUCAACAUCGUACGACUUUUGUUGAUCAAACUUCACGCCAGACAAAUAACCACGGCCAGCCCAAAGCACGUGGGGUCCAGAGAACGCGCACAAACGUUUAGUCUUCGCAGCUUCAAGAGGAACAACACCAGCGUGGACAGCUUCGAGAAAACCCAUACGGGCACGGGUCGCACCGGCAAGGCUGUCAGGGCCACGCUCAUCCUGAUUCCACUGCUCGGUCUCCAGUACAUGCUAAUGCCAUUCCGACCUGAACCCGGCACGUCCUGGGAACCCGUUUACCAGGUCACCUCAGCCGUGGUCGUGUCGUUUCAAGGCUUAUGCGUCGCCCUGUUGUUUUGCUUUUGCAACGGAGAGGUGCUGUCGGAAAUCAAGAAAAGAUGGAAGUACUGCAAGGUAAACAAGAACGGGUCGUGGAACCCGUGCCUGAAGAUGACCGCGUCGUCGUCGCACAACCACCCGAGGCUUUUGGUCACUGACGACGCCCAGACUCAGAGGACGGGCAGUGCGGUUCGAGGCGUUCAAACCGAUCAACUGUAGUCGAAAUGUAAACCAAACUCUGGUCAACGGUGUUCCUAUUUAUAAUAGUUAAUAGUAUGUACAUAACGGUAAUAAAAUAUAUGGAAAAAUCAACAGUGGCAGCACGUUCAGACGAUCACGUCUCUUAUUUGCGACUGAGCCGGUUGCGUUGUGCCGGUUACGUUUGUGUGCGUUGUGCCUCUCCUCUUGAUUCUCCUGAUGUACUUGUGGAAAGCGCCGUGCACGUCCACGUUGGCGAAACAGAACAGUACGGACACGCAUAGACCCUGUAGCGAAAAUUAUAAAAUAAAAAUGUCAGAGUUAAUAUAAAUUAUCCUAGAGAUGUAAAAGGAGAAAAACAUGAAUGUGUUUUAUGGUCUCUAGCUGCUACUAAUCUCAACCGAACACGUCAUUGUGUGACGCCAGUGUGACCACAAAAAAAAAUCCUCCUAUUUUACAGUGUGGCCAAAGAAAUAUUAUCAACCAUCUGUAGUGCUAUCAUCAUCAACAAUGUUUACGUUAUUAUUGUAUAAUAGUGCAUACAACAUUUUCGGUAUUUUAAUUUGGCCCUAAUGCAUUGAGAGCAAACCAAUCAAAAAUCUUUAUUUUUAAAUCUAUUGUUUUACAAUGAAGUGCACUAUCUGGUUUAAUUUAAUCUGUGACCUAAAACACCUGAUAAGUAAUAAAAUAUAAGGGGCGGUGAAAGAUAAGAAGCGGUAAGAGAUAAGGAGAAUAGUGGAGCACAUUUUAAUCUUACUGAAGACCGGUACGCAAUUGUUGCUAUAAAACACAUUCAUGUUAAAAAUUAUUUUAAAAAAUGUUAAUAAUACUGAUACGAUUUAAUUAAGGUUGUUCAUAUUGUUAUUCCAUUCGAUAAUUUUUCUAAUGAUUAAAACAUAAAUAAAUUGUAUACUUGGGAAAUCCCUGUUUUGAACUGUAUUAACCAUACCCGGUUUACAUUUACUAUGUCAGUUAAAAGUCAUAAAAGGUAAUUCGUGAUCCCUUUUCUUAGUUAAAUUACCUUAUAGCAAUUACUUUUGUAAUAAACAUUUUAAUUUAAGCAUUGUUAUUGUCGUUAAGUCAAGGAAAUUCCAGUUUAAUUCAA